UCCCGCGCCACGCGCUCCCGACGGAAAACUUGGCGACCGGAGUUUGUUGUCUGUCUGGCGCGCGUGUGGACGUCGUGGAAGUGUUUAUAUCGGCGCGGCGCGAGCUGUGGCGGGUGUUGGUGUUGUUCGGUGUUGUUCAGUGUGUGUUGUUGUUCGCCGACGACACGCGUGCAUGUGCUUGUCGGGAGCCGAGCAUGGAGGACGCGCUCGCGCUGGACGACUGGCCCUGCGGUGACUCGGAGCUGACCGGCGGCGUCAACCACUGGCUGCCGGCCUACGGCUACCAGCAGCCCGCCUUGCUGCACCAGGCCUUGCUGCAGCAGGGGAGGGACGCCGACCUGCCGGGCUGCGAUGCCGUGGCAGUGCAGCAGCAGUUCGUGUUCUUGGAGACUAUAUUGGAGGAAACGUCAGACGACCUGCAGAGUGAGUCCGACAGGUCGGGCACCGUCGGCUGGCCAGACAGCAGCGACUCGGACACGGAAAGCGUCAUACACGUGACGAACGAUAUCGACGGCGGCGGCCGCUGGAGCGGCUCGGAGCGCGACAUCGCCGUGCCGAAGAAGCGCCGCCGCCGCUCGGCGGACGACCUGUGCGACGAGGCGGCGGCGGAGGAGGGCGGCUCGCUCACCUCGCGCUCGUCCAGCCUCAUCCAGUUCGAGUGCCUGGAGCGGCACUGCGAGACGGCGUCCCUGGAGCCGCCCGCCGCCGGCAGCAGCGACGAGGAGGGCGACUCGGACGACACGCUGCGCCUGUCCUCGUGGUCGUCGCGCGCCAGCAGCUUCAGGUCGUCGGGCCGCCUGCACUCGUUCCGCAGCCUGGACGGCCUGAACCUGCUGUCGCCGCCCCCGGCCGCCGCCCCCGAGCCGCCGCCCCGCCGCUCCGCCGAGAACCUCAGCGAGGACAGCGGCUUCGGCGACCAGGAGGGGCGGCGCGCCGAGGACGACUCGGACUGCAGCAGCGGCGGCGCCAAGGAGCGCACGCCGUCCCCCGGGGAGGACGCUAAAUUUAGCGUGGCGGCGGCGGGAGGGGGCGGGGAGCAGUGGCGCAGCGAGCCGCGGCUAGACGAGCCCGAGCCGCCGCGGCAGCAGCACGAGGCGACGUGCAGCGCGCCGGACCUGCUGCGCGCCGCGGACAUGGCGGGCCGCGAGGUGCGCUUCAGCCCCACCGUGGACCACGUGAGCUGGCGCGACGGGCGCGAGGGCGAGGCCAGCCCGCUGCUGGUGCGGCGCGUGCAGGUGGGCGGGCCGGGGGCCGCCAGUCCGCGCGCCGACAUGGACCCGCGCGGCAGCCGCGAGUCCAGCGUCGACUCCGUCGCCUCUAUCGCCUCCUCCUCGUCCGGCAAGAAGGGCCUCGGGCGCUUCGGCGGCUUCUUCCAGCGCUUCUCGCUGCGGCGGCUGGGCGGCGGCCGGAAGGCGCGCGGCGACAAGAAGCGCGCCUCGUCCCCGCCGCCCCCGCCGCCCCCGGCGCGGCAGGACGCCGAGUACGAGGACGUGCGCAUCAUCCCCCUGCACCGCGGGGAGGGCGCGCGGGAGGAGGUGGUGGCGAGCAAGCCGCCCCUGCCCCCGCGCCGCCAGCCCUCAGUCGCCGCCGAGAUGUCCGGCGCGCGGCCCGGCCUGCUGGAGACGGACCUGGACGCCGCGGGGGCGGCGCCGCCCCAGGGCAAGAAGGCCCGCUCGCUCGCCGACCUGGGGGCGGGCGCGCAGCCGCUCACACUGGCGCUGCCGCCCCCCGGGGGCCGGGACAGCGUGGCGGCCGACUCGCGCGCGCGCUCCAUGGAGUUCCUGCUCGACAAGGAGAACCAGGCCGCCGUCAAGCCGCCGGAGAACGAGCUGCAGAAGGGGGAGCGGGUGAUGUCGGAGCACCAGCUCCGCGUGCAGCGCUCCCUGCAGAAGCUGAACGUGCCCGACUGGUACAAGAACUCGAGCGCGGCGCGCACCCCGGAGGGCUGGCUGCGAGGGCAGCAGCAGCGGCCGCCGCGCGACGGCUGGCCGGGCCUCGGCUCCAAGACCACGUCGCUGUCCAGCCUCGGGUCCACGCAGUCCGCCGCGCCGCGCAGCCCCACGGGUCAGCUGCUGAGCCCAAGCCCCACGCCGCACGUGUUCACGCGCUGGAGCACGAGUCGCCUCAACAGCAGCGCCGCCACGUCCACCAGCACUUCUCCCUGCGGCUCGACGCGCUCCUCCUUCAGCCACCGCCAGCCCUACCUGGGCUGGCGCUCGCAGGAGCGGCUGGCUCGCCCGCGCACCCCCGCCGAGCGACUGGCCGCGGGGCUGCUGCCGGCGCCGUCUCCCUCCUCCGCGGCCGCCUCGCCCGACGGCGAGCCCUCCGAGGAGGACCGGAGACAUGCUCAGCAGGUGCCAAACCUGUCGGAGGUGCGGACGUCCAUCAAGGAGGUGACGUCGGCCAUCGUGCACUACGUGUCGAGCGCGAAGGGCGGCUCCGGCGAGGCCCUGAGUCCCGGGGACCGGCCCUCGCCGUCGCCGCGCUCGGGCAGUCCGCGCGGGAGCGGCCGCCUCUGCUGGCUGGAGAGCUCGUUCGUGGGCACGCGGCCGCUCGACUCCCCGGAGACGCCCUCCGCGCCGGCCGGGGCUGACGCUCUGGCCGCCCUCGACGGCGGGGGCGGGCGCCUGGACGCCUCGGGGGCAGGCUCGGAGCUGUACCUCGACCUGGGCAAGGCGCGGCCCCUCGGCAGGCAGCUCAACGGUGAGUACCUGCUGACUUGUCCCCUAGCCACAGACCAAGCCCAUUUGUCUGCCGGUAACUACGUGCGCAAGCACCUGCAGUUGGAAUCAUAUUGGAAUCAUGACUUCCAAGCCCCGCGGGCGAGGGGCAGCAGGAGGGCGCGCACCGGCCCAGCCCGGGCUCCACCACGCUGGACGACGUGCUGGACUCCCUGCUGGGCCUGCCCCCCGCCUCGCGCUCCCCCAGCCCCGUGUCCUGCCGCCCGCCCCCGCCGCCCGCCCGCCGCUCCUGCGGCGACCUGCGCGCCCACCUCGCAGGUAGGAGGACCGUGGUCAGCUAGUGAGGCGGAGCAGGCGCCGCCGCCCUACUACGUGGCGGACACCCUGCGCCGCCGCAGCGAGGGCAGCGACCCGGGCCCCCGCCCCCGCCCCGCCGCCGCCGCCGGCCGCAGAGUGUCCUUCGACGUGGCGGCGGACGGCGAGCCGCUGGUGCGCUGCCGCUACUCCAAGUGCGCGCGCGCGGCCCCCGCCUCCGAGGCGCGCCGCUCCUACAAGACCUGCCACAACUGCUCGCACGCGUACUGCUCGCGCGAGUGCCGGCGCGCCCACUGGGAGCGCCACCGCCGCACGUGCCUGCACUCGCGCGUGGGCGCGCUGUGUCGCCAGGUGCUGGCCGCCGUGAAGGAGGAGCCGGCGUGUCUGCGCCACGUGUCGCUGCUCGCGCGGCGCGGCUACCUCGCGCAGGGCCGCGGCGCCGUCAAGAGCUUCUUCUCCAGCCCCGAGGCGGCGGAGCGCUUCGUGGCGCACGGCCUGCGCGACCUGGGCGAGCCCACCUUCGUGCGCUGGGCCGACCUGCUGCCCGACGAGAUGGGGCCCGACCUGUACGCCGAGCUGGUGCGCCAGUGCAAGGCCUACAACCCGGACACGCGGCUCGUCGUGUACGUGGCCGUGUGCGUGGUGAGCGAGGCGCCGACCUCGGGCGCCGUGCGCUGGGAGCGCCAGCUCGUGUCGCGCUGCGCCAAGCUGCGCCUGAGUCGCCCCGACCCGCCCCCUCCGCCGCCCAGCAUCACGCGCGACAUGGACGACCCCGAGACGCUGAUCCUCACGUCGCUGCCCGGCUGCCACGGCCGCAUGUCGCCGCGGCGCGCUCGCGAGAUCAGCUUCGCCAACAUCCAGCGCCAGCUGCGGCAGCGCGGCGUCAGUCUGCGGCGCCACUUCCCCGACGUGUACCGCCGGCUGUGCGCCUACGUGGACGGCGCGGCGGAGCGCUUCGCUCCCGUCACGCUGUACCCGCGCGACGCCUCGGGCAAGGGCUUCAUGUGCAUCAUCAUGCCCGACGCCGAGCCGGGGCGCCUGGAGCUCGUGCCGCGAGACAGCAGCCGCGUCAGGACGGUCGACAUCGGCCCGCAGCUCGCUGACGACGGGCCCGCCUGAGCCCCUCCCCCCUCCCCCUCCCCUCCGCGCGCAUCGCUUCCCGCCCGCUUCUCAUUUCUUACCAUUCUCUGCGCUGUCAUCCAGCAGGGGUCAUCUGUAGUGAUGAAUACCACUCCAAAAUAUGGUCUUUUGAACUCUUCGUUGACCAAGAAUCUCUAACACAGGCUAACCAAAUUAAAAAUAAAAUUUGUGUUUGUUUCUGAACUCUUGUGCCUCACUACUUUGAAAAUCAGUGUUUCCAGUAAGUAAUCUUCAGGUUAAAAAGCUUUAGUAGAUUAUGAUUAACGCCUUUCUUCUGUAUCAGAUCAACGUCGCAGAUAAGCGCUCCUAAACAGCGUUCUGAAAAGUAACUUGUUGAAAGCAGUUGCUUGUUCCUCUUACUAUACUACAUAGCUAAAUAAUGUAAACCUGUAUUGAUAGUACUAUUCAUGUAAAAAUAGAAAUUUGUUAUGGAAUAUUGUGAGGUACUCUUUUUACUCUAUAAGUGUAGCAUUAAAUAAAUUGUAUCUACUUUCUAAGACAAUUAUUUAUCGCUUGUGGUUUUCGAAGUUGUUAUUUAUGAUACAAUCACUGUAUUAAUAUCUUAAAUGGAGAAAUUGUUUAAAAAAAAACAGUAGGCCUAGCUACUGAGUUUAAGCAUUUGUUCGAAUAAUGUUUUUACUAUAACCAUUUUAAAUUAUUAUAGUCCUGAAAACUGUGUUGUCUACUAACAUAAUUUAUAAGGGUCUCAUUGUUACCUCUUGAAUCAUUUGUCUAGUUUCUAAUGAGUAUAGGAUCUAUAACUUCAUACAUUUGUACCUGCAUAAAUCUUGCUUAUAUAUCUACAUAUAUAUAUAUAUAUAUAUAUAUAUAUAUAUAUAUAUAUAUAUAUUUCUUUGUUACAAUAAUUUAGAUAUGUUAUCAGAACCAUGUAUUAGCAAAAAAAAUUAUAAACAUGACAAUAUAUGUUGCGCCAAACAAAUCAAAUGUGAGGACAAUACAUGCCUGACCUUUGCAAAGUCCAGUAGAGAAGUUUAAAACAAAUAAACACAAACAGAUAAUAUUUGUUAUGUAUGGUAUAGAGAAGUUGGCCCGAAGUUAAUAGUUAGAAAAACACUAUGUUAAGCAAGGGAUGCUGAGGUAACUUUCACGUUAAAAUAUUUAUAUAUAUAUUGUUAGUUAAAGUUAACUUAUUUUUUGUGAUUUUUGUGAUUUUUUCUUCAGCUUAAUAUAUAUAUAUGUUACAUCCGGAAAAGGGUUCAUGUGUCAACAAGACACUCCUGCCGUAACUGUUAUCUCGACUAGUUUAUAAUCGUGUUAAUUCACGUAUAUCUCAGUACUUCAAUCAAAAUGUGUUGUAUAUUACUCCAUAAAUGUGCUAUGUUUAAUUAAUCUGAAAUACUUAACGAGGGCUAAGAGAAAAUAAAAUUAUGUUGUUUUUACGAAUAAACGCUGAAGAAUCACCAUGGUUACCCUGGAAAUUGAUGUUUAUUUCAUCCUUUCUUGGUUACUAUUAUUUAUGAAUCUGGUCAUCAAUGCACUGAGAGCAUACAAUAAAACUGAAUACUUGGAAGUAAGAAC